CAGAUUCCAGUCUGUUCCGAACAUUCGAAUAAGACGGUCGAUUAGUGCAUACUCGUGCAAGUUAAGUAAACAUUUGAAGGUUGUUCAGUUUAUGCGUGUUGAUUAUUGUUUGAUCUAGUGACCCAUGUGACUCUUGCAGACAUUGAACGUGUGUUUUAUGAUAUAUUUCUAGUCUGCUGUGAUGUUUUUCUUCAUUACUUUUCUGUGAUAUUGAGGUACGAGUGAAUCCAAGAUGACUCUGUGUACCGCACCAACCGUCAGUUCAAGGCCUACUAGAAGACCCGGGAGGCCUCCAAGUGGAAAGUCCUGUGCAGGGGUGAACAGAUCGAGAGAAGUUUCCGCCAAAGUUAGAUCCACUUACAGACGUAGUUUAGACCCUUGUGAUAAUUCGAAUGAUAGCGGUUUGGGAUUCGGGGACCAUCAUAUGGACCCUCAUCAUCACACAAUGGUUUUGUCGGAAAGGUUAGCUUGGACCGGGGAAAGGGCAGAAGCAAAAAGGCCUAAAUUGGAUAUAAAAGUGGAACAUGAUGAAAUCAACGACCGAUACUGUUUUCCAGAAGCAGUUAGGACAUGCAAAGAUAAUUUAUCUUUGAUAAGAACAGCUCCUGCUGGUACAGUAUCAUCACUUAGUAUGUCCAAUAAUCCUGCCCCUACUUCUGGACGAGCGGUUCCCCGAUGUAUUCCUCUUACUAGCAGACAGCAAUCUGCAGGACCAAUACUUUUAACUACACAAUUACAAUCUUCGUCACAAUGCGUGGAGGCUUCCUUAACGAUACUGAAACAACCAGAGCAACAACACAGAGCGAGAUAUCAGACUGAAGGCAGCAGAGGUGCCGUCAAGGACAGGGAAGGAAACGGUUUUCCUAUUGUACAACUGACUGGCUACUACAAACCGGCAACAUUACAGGUUUUCAUUGGAACAGAUAUUGGAAAAGUUUCCCCACAUAUGUUUUAUCAAGCAUGUAAAGUCAGCGGGAAAAAUUCUACGCCAUGCGUGGAAAAGAAAAUUGACGGUACCUGUGUCAUAGAACUCCAGCUUGAUCCUUCAAAAGAAAUGAGUGCCACCUGCGAUUGCGUGGGUAUAUUAAAGGAAAGGAAUGUCGACGUCGAACACAGAUUUCCUGACCAGUUAGGCAAUCGAAGCAAGAAAAAAUCCACCCGAUGUCGGAUGAUUUUCAGGACCACUAUUACUCUCGAUGAUGGUACUCAAGAGACACUUCAAGUGUGUUCACAACCAAUAGUAUGCACACAACCUCCAGGAAUUCCCGAAAUCUGCAAAAAAUCUCUUACUUCCUGUCCGGCUAGUGGAGGAUUGGAGCUAUUCGUUCUAGGCAAAAACUUUUUGAAAGAUACGAAAGUUAUUUUCCAGCAAUUCGAGGAUGGUCAAGUUAGAUGGGAACAAGCUGUUUCACCUGAUAAAGAAUAUUUACAACAGACUCACUUUGUCUGUGUUGUACCUCCUUACCGCAGGCCUGACAUAACCGAACCAGUAUCGGUAAGGUUAUGUGUGGUGUCCAGCGGUAAAACAAGUGAAUCCCAUCAAUUUGUCUACACGCCAGUUAAUGGAUCGAUGCCUAGUGUUCAUAUGGAUCCUCCGUCACCAUCUCAGCAAAGGACUUUUUUCAAGAGUAAUUUUUGGCAACAACCCGUUAAUAAAAGAGAGCAAGACUUGGACAUGAUGCCCCCUCCAGAAUCGAGCCUUGUACCCACAACAACAAGACGUCCCUCCAUCAACCUAACUUCUGUCAGUGAUGUGCAUUCUCCCCCUCUUCACUCCCUCAAACAGGAAUACAUUGAUGAAAGCAGUGAAGGAUCCACAGUGGAUCAAGAGAGAUACAGACAUUUAUCUGAAAGUUCUCUUGAUGUGCACCAUGGUGAUUCUAACAUGUCCAUGAUAAAUGAGAAUUCAAUAGAUUUGAUACAUCAGAAUUCGAUGAUGAGUCACAUGAAUGAAAACUCUAAUAUAAGCGUUGGCAAUGAAAACAGCAUGGACAUUAUGGUUAGAAGGAACUCUCUCAGUAGGCCAAGUAUGAAUAAUGAUGAUAGCCUCGAUGUGAUGAUUCACACCAAGUCCAUGAAUAGGCAAUCUUCGAUAUGUGAAAAUUCUGUUGACUGUACUAAUUCAAAUAUGUCGGCAAUUGAUGAUGACAAUUCCUGUUGUAGUACAACCAUGCGUAAUACAGUACCGUCUGAUAGGCCAAUUUUAUCACAACACAGUGGUCUUCUAACAAGUUGUGCUACGACCACACUGGAAACUGUUAUGGAUCUGAGAAUGAAACUACCUAUGGCCACAGUUGCUGAUCUCGUGAAUACCACAGCCCCAUCUAUAGCUGCUCUACAGAGAUUUGGAAUGGAGAAUUCUACAGGGCCACUCCCAAACCAAAGUGGGCAGAGUGUGGAGAGCUAUCUGACAGGAAUAGAAGCUAAACCAUGCAAUGUUCCUUUGGGAAAUCCAACAGGUAUACUCAUGAAAAAUGACCUUAGUGAGAAACUGGCUCAAAUAAUAUCUGCAGAAUCCAACAUAUACCAGUCACAAAAGCUACAUUCAAUGUCUAGUUUGUUAUCCAAUACGGGCAUGUGUACAACAAAAAUGUCCGAAGGAGAACCUGUUUUUCUUAGAUCCCCACGUCCCUUCAUGUCUAGUGUUACUCAAAGUGAGUCCAUAAACACCACAGCCAAAUCUAAUAAAAGUGUGGACAUAGUGGAGCAAUCCAUUCCAGAACGAACAAACACUGCUGUCUCAUCUACUCUUACCACAAUCUCCAAUACAUUAGAUCGGAGUUGCACAACACCUAUCAACACCGAACGACUGGAUGCAUUGGUAAAUUCUACAGUCGAAUCUCAUCUGAGUCCUACUAGGGUAGAUUCAUCCCCCAAAGAUUUGUUGAUCACCAAUACAUUGCCUUUAGUUUCAAAGAACAGCAGUUCUGCAGAGGUUAUAAUAUCUUCACAGGAUAUAAUGCUGAAUUCCCAGACAAACCUUAUGGUGCCACCUAUGAUAAAUACUGGAAUUCCUUCACCCAUUAUAAGUCAACAAGAAAUGACAAAUACACACGCAUCUCCUAACCUAACGUCAGAGGUUAUAUUGAAUUCACAAAUUUCUCCGAGCCUGAUGUGUAGAAAUACUAAUGGUUUGCAACAAGACGGACUUCUACCAGCUACUAACUUGAACCUUUGUCAACCUACUAGUUCAGUGGAUCCAGGUCUAUUGCCUGCAAUUUCUUCGACACAGCAAUCUUUAAUUGUAUCAAAUGCAUCCCAGAAUUCCACUGAAGGGUUGAACUUACAUUCCCCCAUUUCAGUUUCACUUGCCAGUGAACCAGAAAAGGCUCUGCUAAUCAAUGCAGCAGUGGAUUUCUUGGAAACACAAAAAAAAAUUAAUGAAUUGGGCACUAAUUUACCUUCAACAACAUCUAAUAACAAUCUGAAUCAGAUGCAAAAUGUCGGUAACAACUUUUCCCAAGCUUUCUCAGAUGCUUCAGUGAUGCGUACAGAACAGAAAACGGAUUUUGUUAUACCAAUUCCCGUUAAAGACAUUUCUAUCAGUGUUCAGCAGGACAAGAAAAAUGAAGAUCGAAUGAUACCGCAAUCCUUCACUUCGCUCACAGAGAAUGAAUUGAUUAAUUUUAUCAAUCCAAGUUGUUUUGACCAAGGUAAUAAUAAUUAUCACUGAUUUGCUUUUAUAUAUCUUAAGCAUGAACAAUUUCAUUUUUUAUAAUGCUGUGUGAUCCAUUUAUCAACUGAAUGUGAACUAUCACCUUUGGAGGACUUCAAUGUUGUGUAGAUAUGUUCAGUAGUUUUUUCAGUAGUUAUAUUUUAAGUGAUGUGAUACAUAUCUUGUGACCAGCCAAACAAAUACA